AUGAGUAUCCUACCAAACACGGCCCCGGCCCUCUCCUCUCCUUCUUCCCUGUGGAAACCCCGUCUCCUCGCCUUGAGACGUCGUCUGCCCACCCUCCUCGUCCUCCUCCGCCUCAUCGCCAUCAUACUGUGCGCCACCUUCACCAUGCUGCUGCUCUUGUAUUUCAUGUUGGGCCUCGCGCCGUAUCUCGCCAACGCAAGCACGUACUGGGGCUACACUUGCCACAGCUGCUUUGACAUUGACAAGUCGCAUUGGCCGACGUGGACGCAGACGGUCCCGGAUGACUUCAACGUCUCGAGCCUCAGCGUCCCCGGCACCCACGACACCAUGUCGUACACGAUUCGGAGUCGGCGGCUGAGAUGCCAAAACUGGGACUUGAGGACCCAGCUACAGGCCGGCAUCCGUUACCUUGACAUCCGCGCGCGUCUGAGAGACGACAGACUGCACAUUUAUCACGCCGACACCCCAACCGGCCACUCGUACGUCGACGUCCUCGUCACCGUUUUCGACUAUCUCCAAGACCACCCCGGCGAGUUCAUCGUGAUGCGCCUCAAGGAAGAAGGCGAGCCCCUUGGCCGCAACACCAUGCCCUUCCACGGGGCCUUUAGCAAUGUCCGCUUCACCGACCCUCGCAUCAAAGACCGCUGGCACGCGCACUGGUACGUCCACAACGACAGCAUGCCGCUCCCCACGGUUGGUCAAAUCCGCAACAAAAUCUUCAUCUUGCAGGGUUUCCCGUCCCCUGAAUUCCAGUACGGCCUCCGUUGGGACGGGCCCCAGAUGGUUCUGCAAGACGAAUGGGUCCUCCAGGACAUGAACCACAUAGAGGAGAAGAUGGACGCUAUUGUAAACCAUUUCGAAAAGGCAAAUUCCGCUCCCCUGGACAACCAACACCUGUACCUGUCGCACCUUUCUGCAUCUGUCGGCGUCCUGCCCAUUGAAGCGGCUGCGGGAACCCAAAAUCGUUCGAUAGAGGGCCUGAACGACAGGACGAACCAGUAUAUUCGUCAGCAGUUCUACGAAAAGGGCGCCAGCAGGCUUGGUGUGGUCAUUAUAGACUUCCCAGGCGACUCUUUGGUCAACAUCGUUCUUCGACGGACGGGACACGCCUUUCACCAGGUCUAG